UGCUUACGUUGGAUAUCUCGGGAAGGUGCAUAGUAUACAUAGGUUUGUUGGACGCAAUUAUCUUCAUUGAGCGGCUCCAUUAUAAACCUGUCGUCGUGCUCAGCCGGCUGCCGCAGUAGAUGAUCACUUGUGCAUGCAGGCUGCAUGCAGAGGUAGCUCCCGUGCCUGUUAUGUAAAGAUAACGUGCUGUCAUUGCAUGGCGAGAUGCCGAGUGGCGGUGCGCAGGCAUGAUUUUGCGAUACACUUGUAUUUGUUUAUAUCGUUGGGCCCGCGCGUGGGGUUCACGCUCGUGCAUGUGCGAUUUUAAUUGUGGGAUUUGGCGUCAAUCUGCUGGCUUUGACGUGAAGGAGGGCAGGGAGCAGAGAGCCCGCCCUUAAAGCUCACGACUGCCUGCGAAAGACACGUCCACCAAACACGGAAUUUGUCGUUGUUGGUGCUCUGCGGAACCGAGGCGAGAGCGAAGAGCGGAUUGUCAUCAUGAUUUAAUCCAAGCAAGCUGUCACUAAGGCGGCCGUCUGUGCACGCUUACGUAGGCUUACUCUUCGCUGAAAGCUUGCGCAGGGGAAGAAGAAGACAAAAAGGAGGAGGGAGCCAGCAGAAGUCAAAAGCGCAGAAGUCUAACGGGUUGUGCGUGCGAUGCCAUCCGCGGAGGAGGAGGCACAGGCGGGCAUGAGCGGAGGCACAGCUGGGGCGGCGCGGACCUCGUCGCCGCCGGAGCAAGCCCCCGCAGGAGAGCGCGCGGUGGGUGCCCUGUGGUCCUUCGCUAAAUGCCUGGGUGCGCUGCUACCCGUCUACCUGGCUGGAUAUUAUGGCUUCAGCAUCACGCUGGUCCUGGUCGGGCUCAUGGUCUACAUGGGCUGGAAGCACGGUCGGCUGGAUAAAGCGAGGAGGCUCAACGCAGCCAUGUACCUCCUGGAAAACGAGAGAGAAUUCACCACAGAGAAGAUCUUCCGACUCAAACGGGAUCUGCCUCCGUGGGUCAACUUCCCAGAUGUGGAAAAAGUAGAGUGGCUGAAUAAGAUCCUGCAGCAGGCCUGGCCUUUCAUAGGCCAGUUUCUGGAAAAGCUACUUCUGGAGACUAUCGCUCCUACCAUCCGAGCCUCCAGUAUUCAUCUGCAAACCCUCAGCUUCACCAAGGUCAACCUAGGAGACAAGGCUUUAAAGGUGGUCGGCGUGAAGGCUCACACAGAACACGAUAAGAGACAAGUCAUGUUGGAUCUGUAUCUCAGCUACGCUGGCGAUGUGGAGAUCAAUGUAGAAAUCAAAAAGUACUUCUGCAAAGCUGGGGUCAAAGGCAUUCAGCUCCACGGAAAGCUGCGUGUGAUCCUCGAGCCUUUGAUUGGAGAUGUUCCGCUGGUUGGAGCCGUCACAAUGUUCUUCAUCCGCCGACCUAAACUGGACAUCAACUGGACUGGUCUGACCAACCUUUUGGAUAUCCCCGGAUUGAAUGCCAUGUCGGACACUAUGAUAAUGGAUGCAAUAGCCUCCCAUCUGGUCCUCCCCAACCGUCUCACCGUUCCCCUGGUGGCCGACCUGCAGGUUGCGCAGUUGCGCUCCCCUCUCCCAAGGGGAGUUGUGCGUAUACACCUGCUGGAGGCCGAGGAUUUGACCGCCAAGGACACUGUCAUCAAGGGCCUGAUUGACGGCAAGUCUGACCCAUAUGCUGUGCUCCGCGUGGGAACACAGAUCUUCACCUCACAUCAUGUGGACAGCAACCUGAACCCACAGUGGAGGGAGAUGUAUGAGGUGAUUGUCCAUGAAGUACCUGGUCAGGAGUUGGAAGUGGAAGUCUUUGACAAAGACCCAGACCAGGAUGACUUCCUGGGCAGGGUGAAGGUGGAUCUUGAUAUUGUGAAACAAGCCAGAGUCGUGGAUGAUUGGUUCAAUCUGAGGGACGUCCCAUCUGGCAGCGUUCACCUCCGACUGGAGUGGCUCUCUCUGCUGUCCUCUGGUGACAGAUUGACUGAGGUGAUCCAAAGAAACCAGAAUAUGACUAGCAAAACCGCUGAUCCACCAUCAGCUGCCAUCCUGGCCAUCUAUCUCGAUCAGGCUCACGAGCUGCCUAUGAGAAAGGGCAAUAAGGACCCGAGCCCAAUGGUGCAAAUUUCCAUUCAGGAUACAACUAGAGAGAGCAAGACUUGCUACGGUUGCAGCAACCCUGUGUGGGAGGAUGCCUUUACCUUCUUCAUUCAGGAUCCCGACAAACAAGAUAUCGACAUUCAAGUAAAAGACGACGACCGAGCUUUCUCUCUGGGCAGCCUGACCCUCCCUCUGGCCCGCCUUCUGGUAUACCCUGAACUUACCAUGGACCAGUGGUUCCAGUUGGAGAAUUCGGGUCCUGCCAGCCGCAUUUACAUCAAAAUUGUUCUACGGGUUUUGUGGUUAAGCGAUGAUGCCACACCCACCACACCGUCGCCCCACCCGUUAGCCCCUGGGUCUGGCCCUGGUCUCGGGGGGAUCACGGCAGAACUAAACCCGAUGGGGCCUGGUGGAUUGGCUAAACCUCCACCAUCCCGCCCGCAGCACACCACGCCCGACCCUGAGUUUUCGACUGAGGGAGUGCUUCGAAUCCAUUUGCUGGAGGCCCAGAACCUGAUAGCCAAGGACAACUUCAUGGGGGGCAUGGUCAAAGGAAAGAGUGACCCUUAUGUCAAGAUCCGUGUGGCUGGUAUGACCUUCCGCAGCCACACCAUCAAAGAGAACCUGAAUCCAAUCUGGAACGAACUCUAUGAGGUGAUUUUGACUCAGCUUCCUGGCCAAGAGAUCCAAUUUGAAUUAUUUGAUAAGGACAUCGAUCAGGAUGACUUCCUGGGAAGGUUCAAACUGAAUUUACGUGAUAUCAUCAGUGGACAAUUUAUUGAUACGUGGUAUACAUUGAAUGACGUCAAGUCAGGCAGAGUUCACCUGCUGCUAGAAUGGCUGCCCAGAGUGACCGACCUACCCAGACUGGAGCAGAUUCUGCAGUACCAGUCCCAGCUGUUAUUCCAGAACAAAGUUGUGCCAUCAGCAGCCGUGCUCUUUGUCUAUGUGGAGCGUGCUCACGGCCUGCCAUUGAAGAAAAGUGGAAAAGAGCCAAAGGUUGGAGCUGAGGUUAUCCUAAAAAAUGUAUCACAUCGAACUAAGGUCUGCGAGCGGUCCACGUCACCUCGAUGGGAUGAGGCAUUUCAUUUCUUGGUUCGAGAUCCCAGAGAUGAAACGCUCACAGUGAAGCUUUCCCACAGCUGGGGCCAGGCUCUUGGCUCCCUGAAUCUUGCUCUCAAGGAGGCGAUGGCCGAGCCUAACUUGGUGCUGGACCGCUGGCUCGCCCUGGAUGGAGCUCUGCCUGAGAGCCAGAUCCUACUGAGGGUGACACUCAAGAUCUUGGACACUCAGUUGGCAGUAUGCCGCAGGGCGCCAGGGGAUAACGACGGCAUCGGCGACACUGUCUUUCCCAGAUGGGAUCCUUCCCAUCUGGACCUAAGACACAGAAGUGGAUUUGCCAUGGGCAAUGAGGCCUCAAAUGGUUCAGGCCAGGUGAAGCUCACUGUUGGAUACUCCACAGAAGAGAGCAGGCUUUUCAUCACAGUCCAUGCAUGCAGAGCCCUGAUAGCCUGCUCCAAAGACGGAGCCGACUCUUAUGUUACCUUCAUGCUGCUGCCGGACAAGAAAGCAACCACUAAGAGGAGAACUGCCACAAAGAAGAGGGACCUCAACCCGGAAUUCAACGAAAGGUUUGACUUUGACCUCUCUUUGGAGGAGUCGUCACAGAGGAGGCUGGAUCUAUCUGUGAAGAACAGCGUCUCUUUCAUGAGCAGGGAGAGGGAGCUCAUUGGCAAACUGCAGCUGGACCUGGACCAAAUUGACCUGAAGACUGGUGUCACACAGUGGUACGAUUUGGUACCAGAGUCAUCCUAGAAGAAUAAAUGCUUAUCUCCGGUAAUAUUUAACAUUUUGUUGCUUCUGUGAUCUGUGACUUGUGCGUGUAUAUUCAGCUUUAAUGGCAAUUUCCAUCUUUGCUGAAGAAAAAGAAAAGACAACACAUCUGCUCCACAAAACAGCAGUCCAUCAGUAUUUAUGAGCUUGCUUGUUAUCUAAAUUUUAACUGUGCUGCAUCCUUGCUGUCUUAGACACAUUCUUCAGUAGAAUAUUUGGCUGAAUAGUAUUUAAUAAUGCAACUAUGUUGCACAAAUGACCAAGUUUGUAUAUGUUACACAUGAUUAUAUGACGUGAUAAUAUCAAAUCCUGUAAAAGUCCUGUUCGAAUUUUAUUCUCACAAGGGCUUGGCAUCCAAAGGUACGACAGUGUUGUACAAAUGUAUAGCCUCAACCCGACUGAAAGAGAUUAGAGUUUUGUUUUUUACAAUCUUAAUACAGAUCCCGAUAUUGCUUUGUUUGUGCGUUUAUAUUGUUGCCUUAAGUAUUACAGAACCUUUAACGGUUUAUCAGUGUUUCACAAUUAUAUUCCAAAUGAAGUUUUAUAUGCUUUAUCCAACGCUUUGUGAUGAAAUGUUGCUUUUAUAAACCAAAAUAUUACAAAAUGAGACCCUUGUAUUUCCCUUUGACAACAGAGCUAUGAAACUGUAAGCAGUCUCGAUCACUGUGCUUUUAUGAACAUAAAACUGACGGUACUCCAAGCUCAUGGCAUGCUUGCUUUCUUGCAUUUGUAGUGCUAGAUGCAACAGUUUAAUGCUGUUAGCUUUGUUUUUUUUCACGCACAGAAGCUGUUUCAUAAGAAAUAAACAAAUAUAGUAGGAAGUAGUGUUGGGAAUUUGUUGCACGGCUGUCACUUUAUCACAAAGACCCCCUGAUGCGCACAUAUGCAGUUAGUAAAGAAAACAGUGCUUAAUGUUGACACAAAAAAAACUGCUGUUUUUUUUUUUAUGUAAUAUAUAUAUAAUAUAGUAUCAGCUUUGAAGUAGUUGAAUAAAGUUUGCAUUCGCAUGAA